CUGUCACGUAAACAUACGUCAUACGUCAUCGUCAAUCAGUUUAUUUUAUUCAUUCAGUCAGUCAUAAUAAUUCCAAGGCAAUUACGAUACGAUACAUACUACAAUAGUUUCCACCAACUUUUGCGUACGUAUAGAAUUAUAUUCACUCUUUGUUAGUAAAUGUGAUCAAUUUAAUUUAAUUGACUCUUAUUUGGGAAUAUUUUGACGUCAUUCUACGCUGAGCUACACUAAAGAAAAACAGGGUCAGUUGUAGUCAGUACGGAUAUUAUGGCGAUGAUACAGCCAAUUCAUUGAGGAACUAACUGCACGGUGUAUAGUUUUUGUGAAAUAGUGAAUCAUACGUAUAGUUGGACCAGUCUAUCAACGAGUUUUUUUCUACGUAAAAUUCAGCAGCCGUAUUUCGCAAUAGUUUUAGAAAAAAGUGCAACGGUUUCAGAUUUGAAUGCCUAUUGUGACGCAAAAACGGCAAAACAAUAGAUUUGUUAUGGAGAUACGGCGUUAUAUUGCGUGAACCGAAGUCGAGAUGUGGUCGGUGCUCAGCGUGUUGUUCGCGCUGGUGAGCCUGACUUAUGCUCUCCUGGAAGGCCCCAAUGUCUGCACCAGACAAGAAUCAUACACUACGACGAUACGAGUGUCAGAGAAACAGCCAUAUCAAGUGAAGGAGUAUACAUGGUGCUUCAAUGUCCCACCGAAAUGUUCCAAGUACAAGAUUAAGUUUAGGGAUGUGUUCAAGACUCAGACGUUGGUGAAGUAUAGGCCAGUGGAGGAAUGCUGUGCAGGGUACGCGCCUGACGCUCGAGGGGAGCAGUGCGUGCCAGUGUGCACAGAGUCCUGUGUCCACGGCAAGUGUGUGGCGCCCAAUACAUGUGCCUGCGCACACGGCUACGGCGGCCCAGCCUGCGACAUAUCUUGCCCUGAUGGGAAAUGGGGUCGAAACUGUCAGAACGAAUGUUCGUGUAUGAAUGGUGGUACUUGUGAACCUUUGACUGGCAAGUGCGCUUGCACGGCGGGCUGGCGAGGCGACGCUUGCGAGCGCGCUUGUGCUCCUCCAACCUACGGCGACAACUGCGAUGAGCUGUGCCAGUGCACGAACAAUGGUACCUGUGACCCUGCCUCCGGAGCUUGCAAAUGUCCUCCGGGAUUCACUGGACCCUUAUGUGAAGAAGCUUGUCCUAGCGAUGAACCGUGUCCCGUAAGAUGCCCCUGUCAGAACAAUGGAAAAUGUACUUUUCUAUCAACCUGUGAUUGCCCCUCUGGGUGGACUGGAGAAGUUUGUGCGAAUAAGUGUCCAUCGGGAAGGUGGGGACCGAAAUGUGAGAAAUCUUGUGAAUGUGCUAACGGAGCUGGUUGUCAUCACGUCACCGGUCGCUGCCAGUGCGAAGCUGGCUUUACCGGAGAAAAGUGUCUAGAGAUAUGUCCAGUGGGUACGUGGGGCGUGGAUUGUUCUAGAAAGUGUCAGUGCGAGCAUAAUGGCGUGUGUUCUUCAAAGGACGGGUCUUGCGAAUGCAAACCUGGGUGGACCGGUGACAGAUGUCAGAACCGAGCAUGUCCAGCCAACAAGUGGGGCGCCAACUGCGAUCGAGAUUGCGAGUGCAAUCCUGCUACUACAGACAUGUGUGAUCCUUGGACCGGUGCGUGUGAGUGCUCGGCGGGUUGGGGCGGGGAGUCUUGCGAGCGACAGUGCCCGCUACUGACGUACGGGAAGGGAUGCCGGUCUACGUGUCGCUGCGAGAACAGUGGACUGUGUUCGCCUGUCAAUGGUUCAUGUCUAUGUGCACCUGGGUACCGUGGCCUGCGUUGUGAGGAACUCUGUCAGUACCCGUACUACGGAGACAACUGUUCCCGUACAUGUGAUUGUUACAACAAUGCGACCUGCUCGCACGAAACUGGACUCUGUGAAUGCAAGCCGGGAUACGAAGGACUAAAAUGUGAUCGGCCAUGUAACGGAAAAACGUUCGGCUUGAAUUGUCGCCAACCAUGUAAUUGUGAGAACGAUGCGCCCUGCAACCCUGUGAACGGCGAGUGUGUAUGCGGCGCGGGGUACACGGGGGCGCGCUGCGACCGUCGCUGCCCGGCGGGCUUCUUCGGGCUCGGCUGCAUACAUCGCUGUAACUGCUCUGAAAAUGCACGCGGCUGUGAUCACGUCACUGGACAGUGUAUCUGCGAGAGCGCUUGGAGAGGUGUAAGGUGUGAGACGCAGUGCGCGGAGGGUCGGUACGGGGAGCACUGCUCGGAGAAGUGUCCGUGCGGGAACAACUCGUCGUGCGACGCGUCCAGCGGCCGCUGCGUCUGCGCAGCCGGCUGGACCGGCGUCGACUGCACCACGCCCUGCCCGCCCGGCUACUACGGCGCCGGAUGCACGCAACUCUGCCCCGAAAACCCCAAUGGUAACUCUACUUGCGAUCCCGUGACUGGCGUGUAUGCUUGUCCGAACGGUUUCACUGGUGUGACGUGCGAAUACCCCUGCCCACUUGGUACUUACGGCGCUGGGUGCAAGGAAAAGUGCACGUGUAAGAAUGGCGCAGAUUGUCACCAUGUUACGGGAGCGUGCCAGUGCCUGGCGGGGUGGCGCGGCGCGCAGUGCGAGGCGGCGUGCGGCGCGGGGUGGUGGGGCGCGGCGUGCUCGCAGCCGUGUCGCUGCGCGCCGCGCGCCGCCUGCCGCCCCAACGACGGCUACUGCCGCUGUCCGCCCGGCUACACCGGACAUUACUGCACGCAGUUUUGUCCUGAGGGAUACUUCGGUGACCAUUGCAUGGAGCCUUGCAACUGUUCUUCGGAAGGAAACUGGGUAUGUGACCCGGUGGUCGGGUGUAUCUGUCACCGCGGCUUCAUUGGCGAGAAAUGCGACAUACACGCCAGUGAUGCCAUCGUCACGGGAAUUGAUACUAGCAGAGAAUCCUCAACGUCCGGCCUAACAGUAGUGAUGAUAAUACUAGCGUUCAUCUGCGCUGCUAUAGCCAUACUAGUACUGUUGUACUAUCGCAAGAGGGUACGGAACCUGAAGCGUGAGAUCGCGCACGUUCACUAUACAGCGGACCCUAACUCGCAACCUGAACAACAACACUUCGAUAAUCCAGUGUACUCGUACCAAGGGUCCACUCGAAGCGAUGACUCCACUACUCUGCUCAACAACGCUACACAUUUCCUUAACAAUUUGAACCCGGGAAGUAAACUAAACAACACCACCAUGGAGAAACUCAGAAUGAAGGCUUCUGGUUCUAAUGAUACUUACGACCCGCUGUCCUCUAUGAAGAACAAGGAUGCUGACGCCAAUAACCCCAAUUUGUACCAGUACGAAGAAGAUGACAAUAAAUUGGACCAUGUUUACGACGAAAUCAAACAUAAGGAAGGAUAUGAAAUGGAAUAUGAUCGUCUGAACUACACGCCACCUGCAAAUAAAUGGAAGCCGCACUACCAACGGAUGAACAACGGCUUCACUGCGGGCGCCGCCCAGCCACUACCUCCACCGCGAGACAUCUCGCCCACCCCACCGAUACCUCCGCUACCCAAACUCAACAUUGCACCCCUACCACCGAAAAGGGAGGAGGAACCUCUCGAGGUCCCCGAACCCCCUAAAAGGGAGGAACUCCCUUCGGCACCCCUAACCCCAAGUGACGAAGAAAAUGACACGACGCAACCUUGACACACAAAGUGGGUGAAGUUCAUAGAUAACUAAAUCUUAAUGUUUGUAGCAAUAAUAUUGUUGGAGUAACCCAAUCAACGUGUUAACCUUAUGACAAAAUUUAAAUUUAUUUUAUGAAAUGUUUUAUGUCACUGAACAUAUUUUGAUAAUGAUCUUUUACGAUGUUCUGUAGUUGUGUAGAUGUGAACAUUACAUGUAAGUGAAGUUUGGGAGUGAUCUCGUUUACUUCUUAUAUAAUAUAAACCUUAGAUUGUAAGUAAUUGUAAUAUUCUACAGAUAUCAAAUCUUCAAAACUGUUCAGCAAUAACAAAAUAUUCACUAAUGUCCCAGAAUGCUUUGUUAAACUAUAGUAAUAAGUAUAACCUGGCUACUUAUUUUCCUUAUACAUCCAAUCCACGCGUGUUCAGUUCUCAAAGAUUCAAUAGUUUUCAUUGCCGCAAAUUGUAACUUAAAAAAUUAAAUAAUCGAGGAAUCAUGUUUAUUCAAAUAAUAUUCCUAUGCUAGUUUAAAUAUAUACAACCUCUUUGACUUAUGAAAUAUUAAUACAUUUUUUAUCUCGCUGCAUGCAGCAUCUAUUCGCAUAAUGGCGGAAUGAAAACUAUUAUAUCAUGUAGUAUCUAAUUAUGAGUAUAGAAAUAACACAUUUGUAUAGCAAUUUAUGUAAAACAGUAUUUAGUUUUAAUGGAUUUAUGAUUAAGAACAAUUAGUAAUUGUAUCGUAAUGACCAGGCGACUGUGGGACGUGCUGUGUGCGAGGUACUCGGGAUGUUUUAUAUUAAAUGCCAUAUAAUCGUAAUGGAAUUCGAGGGUCGUUAGUUUUGUAUUAUAAUUAUGGUUGUAUUAGACGUGUUCAAAAUUAAUUAAUAGAAUACGUAAGUAUAUUACACUCAGUAGAGUUAAUUCUUUACAUAUCAUAUAUAAAAUCAGCGUUAGGCCUAUUUUGGUCGCUAUUUUAAAUUAUACUAAAGUUUUACAUUUUACGUUUUAUAAAGUUUGAACGUCGAUAUUGGAAAAAGUAUAUAAAUUAAUUAAUGAAAAUUAUUUAUCGUAUUUGAUUGCUAGUUUCAGCUGAACUAACAAAAACUGUAACAUGCAUACAUGUAAACUUCACGAUCGUGCAACUAUUUAUUAAAAAUAAGAAUGUUUUGAAGGUGGCAUACGUAGUGUAUGCUCCUUAUAAAUAGCACAUCAAACAAUGCACUUGUUAUAUUUGCAAAGGCGAAAAUUUACAAUUGAUAGUGAGAUAUAUUUUGGAGUACUACGUAGUAUAAAGGGAUAGUCUUUUGCAUUUGGACCUUUUGGUCGUACGCCCAGUUCGCACGAUCAAUAAAAUCUAUACAAAUGUAAAGAGGUUGUCGAUUUGGUAACGCGGUUAAAUUUACGACUAUAGUGCUCCUUAUACCUACCAUAUUUAGGAACAAUAAUAUUUGGUUCUAGUUGUUCAGAUAUCGGGUUUCUUGUUCAUUGUUUAACGUACGUGGAAAAUACUCAAACACAUUCCACUCGUUAACAAGUAUACGCUUUACCUUUUGAUAUUUAUUGAAGAAAGUUUAUAUUUUGUUUUGAUAUUACAGUAUUUUUACUAAUUUUAAAUGCUAAUUUAUUUACUAUGUAAAUUUUACUUAUUUAUCAUACUUUUAUUCUGAAAUGACAGAAAAUAUGUUUUUUUUCUUAAGUGGUCCAUAUUUUUUGUUACAUUUUAUAUUAUUUUUAAAAUCAAAGCUCAUUUCACAUUGUGGAAAAGGAUACAAAGUGUUGCCUUUUUUACCAAUCUUAUGAUGAACAGAAUCUGAAAAUAUUGCUCAAGAAGGUGCCAAAUUCUUAUAUUUUAUGAAUUGGCGAUUGUAAAUGAAGCGCAGCUGGUAAUAAAUAAUUCAUUGUUUAAAUUGUAAUAUGAAAUAAUUGUAUUGACAUUGUUCGAAGUAAGACCGUCUACUUGCUAAACGUAACCUAUUCUUAUGUGCGUGUACGUACCUGCUCUCAUGUCGUAAAAUGUGUUAGUUCAUAUCCAAUUAUGCUUUUAAAAAUAUGCAUUUUAAAUUUGCGUUUUAAAAAUUUUCAAAAAUUUAUUAUUAUUACUAUUUAUAUUUCUCCUGUCACGUAUUUAAUUGUUUAUAAAAUUUAAGAUUAAGUAUAUAAGCUACCUUCACAGUAGAAACUCAAUAUAUGUAAGCUUUAAAACUUCAAAAUUAAAUACACAAGUAAGUGUGCAAUCAAAAUAAACUAUAUAAAAUCGUCGGAACUCAUGAUAACUAUCUGACAAUAAAUAUUUACGUAGCUUUUGCAUUCUCUAGAUAAGCUAAAAUAUUUCUAAUAUAUAAAAUGGUCGAAAUAAUAGUCGAUUAAAAUAUGCUGAACACUUUAUAAGUGUUAUUUAUGGAGUUAAGAAUUACUUUUGUGAUAUAUUGUAUUAAGCUACUCAAAAAUAAACGAACUUUCAUUUAAUGGUUUGAA